AGCAGGUCGGGCCAGCCUUAGCCCUAACCUAGCGAUUGGGCCACCGCCAGCAACUCAAGCCUCUUGUUUUUUUUUUUUAGGGUGGGCUGACUGUAAGGGUUGCAAUGGGUCAGGUAUGGGUCCGGUUCUACUGGAUGUGGACCUGGACCUGAAUAGCAUUCGGUCUAAAAUUUAGUAUCUAGACCGGUCGGAUUCCAGGUCUACCUAUCGUAUCUUGGGUCUUGUAGGAUCCAUUGACAGCCUUAGGCCCGACGGGGGCCCUUUCCCCUUGCUAGCGGGGAAUUUGGAAGCAUUGAAUGACGGGAAAUGUUUCUAUUGCGAUUUUGAAUUGAGGCUUAGCCCUAACUUUUUGCACGAGUUACAAAUUUGUUGAAGAAUUUUUCAUGUGAGAGAGAAAUUUGCAGUAAGAGAGGGAGGGUGAGGGGCUUACCAUUUGCCAUCAAAUGGCUUACGAGGAUGCACAGUCUCAGGAUUCCCAAUGGACUGCUUUUAGAAAUGCCGAGAAGAAAUACAAACUCUACAAGAACACCAAGCUCAAGCGCCCUGCUGCUGAUUUAUCAGAGGUUUUGGAUUUUAGAGCAAUACUCCACUCUUUUGUGCAAAACGGGACAACUCCUCCUGGAAUUUUUAAGCUCAAUAGAGAUUUCGAUCGACCAGUAUUUUGCUUUGAAGAGCGUCCUGGAUUUUAUUUUAUUCCGGGAGCAAUUGGUAUUGAGGAGCAGUGCUAUUGGGUUCGUGAGAGUCUAACAAGUUUUCCUCAGCCUCCUAAUAGGACCAACCACAAUGCAAUAUAUGGUGAAAUUCAAGAUCUAUUCCUCGCGGUUCAAGGCCAGAGACUUUUGGUUGAAGUGGGGGACCCUAUAGCAGCUGUUAAUCAUAGAAUAAACUCUGAUGAGAAGCCGCUAAAUUUGGAUGAUCGAAGAUGGGCAUUCAUGGAGAAAACAAGUGGCAUUUCAAAUGGGUCACGCAAGUCCAUUGAUGCAGCUGUUCUAUUGAGGAAGCUUCGUUGGAGUACUCUUGGUUUGCAAUUUGACUGGUCCAAGAGGAACUAUGAUAAUUCUCUUGCACACAACAAGAUCCCAGACAAGCUUUGCCAUCUUGCAAAGAAAUUGGCGGCACCUGCCGUGGAAAAGGGUGAUUUCAAGCCAGAAGCUGCCAUAGUUAAUUAUUUCGGUUCUGACGAUACGCUUGGUGGUCACCUUGAUGACAUGGAAGAAGAUUGGAGUAAGCCUAUUGUGAGCAUCAGUCUAGGAUGUAAAGCUAUUUUUCUCUUGGGAGGGGACUCUAGGGAGGACCCACCAAUUGCAAUGUUCGUUCGGAGUGGCGAUGUGGUGUUAAUGGCAGGACCUGCAAGAGAAUGCUUUCAUGGUAUAUUCAAGUUUCAUGGACGCAUAUCUGGAAGGAGGCCAAUCAGGUGGCCAACAAUGUAGCUAAGCAAGGAGCUGCGCAAAUACCGCUUUAACUGUUGCUGCUUGUUUUUGCUUUUACCUAUGUAUCGACUCGUUUUGUCUUAGUUUACGUGCUUACAUCUUUUUUCUUUUUCAGGUUAUGUAUAUUCCCUUUUUGGGCUCUAGGCAAGGUCUGUGAGUUCUUGUAAAUUGUAUUUUCUUUUAAUGUUAAUACAAUGUUAACAGCUUCAAAAAAAUAAACAAAUAAAUAAAUCUGUGAUACAUAGGUAGAGACAAAGUUAUUACAAUUGGAAACUUUGGAAAUAUGGAGUAACUUGUCUUUAUGGUUUGUCAUGGAAGUGUGUGCCAUAUUGUCUCUGUCUCCUCAAAUCCUCAUUUGCAUAAGCAACAUGAAGAUCGCUAUAGUCUUAGCAUGGAAGUUGAGACACUGUUACUGUCGAUUUUUUCUGAGCCAUGGAACAUGAAGUGGGUAGAAUACUUAGGCUCCAAUCAGUAGGCAUGUUCUCACACUUUCUAUGGGGAUUACUUGAGUUUAACUAACAAGAAAUCAGAAGAAGUAGAGUGAACAAUAGAGCUCUCACUAUAACUUGGUAUAGAAGUUGGUGACGCAGCCCAAAGGCAUAUUCUUGCGCUUCAUGUUGUGUGCAACAGGAUUAUGAGGCAUGCAAUUGGAGUACAAGAUAAUAAAUCUUUCAGGAUUAUGAGGCAUGCAGUUGGAGUACUAGGAGGUUGACAGAGCCGGUAUGAAUUUUCAGGAUUUGAUGAAUAAAUCUUUCCCUUUUAUGCUUUUAAGAUGUACAAGAUAAUGCCAUUGAAUCAUAGCUGGUUAAGAGUAAUUGGGAUUAGGAAUACUUGUGAUGAAAUGGAAAUACCCCCUAACGGUUGUGACAAUAUGUAUUUAAGGAGAAUACAAGCUGGUUGUGCAGACUUUGAUAUCUUUGUAAAUGAAACUUAUUUGAGUCUCUUUGA